AACGCUGUUUUGGUUCCAUGGAAACCGGCCUGUUUAAGGCAGGGCGGAGACUUCGGCCGACAGAUGGAUUUAGGGGUGCAUAUGGAAAAUAGAAUGUGCAGACCUGUCAUCUCUCCAACCCAUGUCAAUGCUACAGCUUCUGAAGCAUUCACAGUUCUUCAACAAAGGAUGAGAGUAGUUGAGGAACAGACCAGUUCUCUGAGAGAUGACCUACUAACGUUGGACUAUGGUGAAAAAAGAGGUCCACUGGAAAUUCCAAUCUAUUUAGAAGACACUACUAGCCAGAAAAUCAUUAGUCCUAUCCAGAGUGAAAUAAUUUGUCCAGGACAAAAAGAUAUUUUAUGGAAGAACUGUGAGCUUCUGGUGAAUCGAAUGUGCCAUCUGGAAAGUCUCAUCCAGUCCUUGAAGAUGAGCAUCUUUCAUCUACAAAGUGAAAAAGAUUUGAAUCCACAGAAAACAGCUUUUCUGAAGGCUCGAUUGAAUACAAUAGAGGAGGAACAUUCCAAAGAUCUGAAGCUGUUGCAUCUUCAAGUGAUGAGUUUGCGCCAGCAACUGAGAGAUGUCAAAGAGGGAGAAGGAAACGCACAAAAAGAAGUCCAUAGGUUAACUGCCACUCUGGAAAUGGCCUCAGAGAUAAAGGUUUGAAAUGCAGCUAUUGAAGAGGAAUUGAAAACCACAAAACGUAAAAUGAACCAUAAAGUUCAAGAGCUGAGGAGACAGCUGGCUUUGGAGAAGCAUGUCAGAGAAUCUCUUGAGAGAUCUGGAUCAGCUAUGCUACUCAAAGUACAGGAAAUGGGAUCAGCAGUGGAAGUGGAACAGAAACAGGUUCACAUUUUGCAGAAGAAUUGCAUUGCCCUACGCAGUUCUAUACAGAGUACCCAGGAGCUCCUAGUACAGGAAAAAAGAAAGCUUCAUGAAGUACAAAUAUCUCUCAAAAACAAAAAUGAAGAAAAUGCAUAUUUGAGGUCUGAAAUAAUUACACUUCGUGAAGUAUCAGAAAAAACACAGGUUUUGAAUGACCAACUGAGUAGAAAAUGUUUAGAGCUGAGCAGCAUACUUCAGUCUGUAAAGAUGGAAAAUGCCAGGGUUACUGCUGACCAUCAAGCUAUUAUGCAGGUAGAGCAGAACAUGGCACAGACAUUUCAAGCACAGAACUUACUGCGGGAUGCAGCCCAUGCCAGCAUCACAAGUCAACUGCAGACUGUUCUAAAUGAGAAAGCCCAACUCCAGACACAUCUGGACCAUUUAAUCCUUGAGCAUAACCAGUGCAUCGAGAAAGCACGGGAUGCUGAGAAAAGGGUAAAUACUCAGAAAGAGCUGCUAGAAUCAACAAUUGCCAGAUUGCGAAGCGAACUUGAAGCAUCAAUGCAAGAGAAGAAGUCUCUGCUAGAGGAUAAGGAAAGAUUUCAGAGAGAGAUUAAUAAAACAGAAAAAGAAACAGCACAAGAAAAAUACAAUUUGGAAAAGGAAUUAGCUAACAACAAGGUAGAUUUAAAUGCAUUAAGCCAAAACCUGCAUAUUCUUGUGGAAGAAAAUAAGUAUCUGGCAGAUCAAGUGGCUUCCCUUGAAUUUCAACAAGCCACUUCUGAUUACCAUGGGGUGGUAGAAAAGAUCUUGGGAACAAUUACUGAGAGUAAAAGUAAACUGGCCUAUGAAAAAGGAAAACUCCAGGUAAAAGUUAAACAGCUAGAAGAGCAACUACAUUGUUUUACUGAAACCAGUUUACAGAAUGACCAUCUUCACAUGUUGAAUAAGGCUCUAGAGACCAAAUAUGCUCAGGUGAAAUUACUUCUUGAAAAAACCGACCAGGAUCUGUCACAAGCAGUGAACAGUCGUGAUGCGGCCUUGAAGGAAAGUCAGAAGUUGAAAGAGGACCUGGAUAUGUUGGAGGACAGGGAAAGCAAAAAGGUAGGAAACUUUCAGCGGCAGUUGGCAGAGGCUAAAGAAGAUAAUUGCAAAGUCACCAUCAUGCUGGAAAACGUUCUGGCUUCUCACAGCAAGAUGCAAGGAGCUCUGGAGAAAGUCCAGAUAGAGCUGGGGCGGCGGGAUUCCGAGAUUGCAGGCCUCAAGAAGGAAAGAGCUCUAAAUCAACACAGGGUUCAGAAGCUGGAGGCUGAAGUGGACCAGUGGCAGGCCAGGAUGCUUGUUGUGGAAGCUGAAUACAGCAGUGAGAUGGAACCUCUUCAAAAAUCUCUAGAUAUAACUAGAGAAGACAACAGAAAACUCGCCCUGAGUCUGGAGCAAGCUCUCCAGACAAACAGUCAUCUGCAAACUAAGCUAGAUCAGAUGCAAGAAAAACUGGAAACCAAAGAAAUUGAGAGGAAGAAUUUGGAAGCCUUCAGAGAACGGAUGACUGAGGAAUCCAAAAUGGAAGCAGAAGUGCAUGCAGAACGCAUAGAAGCUCUAAGAAAGCAGUUCCAGACGGAGAGAGAAACUGCAAAGAAGGCGUCACAGCGGGAGCUUGCUGAGGUAAAGAAAGCACUUGAAGAGGCCAAUUUCAGAUCAGUGGAAGUGUCCCGGACAAACAGAGAUCUGCGGCAGAAAGUCUCAGAGCUGGAAAAAGUAAUGAACAGUAAUAAGGAGAAACUUAAGAGUCAAAAGGCCCAAAUAAAGCUCUAUUUGUCAGCAAAGGCAAAUAAUGCUCAGAAUGUAGAGAGAAUGAAGCAAAUAGAAACAGAAUUGAGGCAAAUGGAGAUAAUUAAGGAUCAAUACCAGAAAAAAAACUAUGAGCAGUCACUGAGUAUCCAGAGAUUUGUAUCUGAAAUGGCUACCCUGCAGAAAGAGAUGCAGCUAUUAGCCAAGAGCCAAUAUGAAACCUCAGCACGGAAUAAACAGCAAGAGCUGCGACUAGCAGCAGAGCGGAGAAUGAGGCAGGAGCUAGAAAACCGAUGCCAGGAAUUGGAAGAAACUAUCAGACACCUGAAAAAAUGUAAAGAGGCAACAGAGAAUAAAUUGAAAGAAGCUAGCAUGGAAUCAGAACAGAUAACAGCCAACCUGGAAGAAGCUCACCGCUGGUUUAAGUGCAGAUUUGAUGGCUUACAGCUUGAGCUGUCAAAAAACAGGUUGCAGAGGCUCCCCCGGGAAGACAGGUGGCUAGAAGAGGACCUAGACAAAAGGCAUGCUAUUGAACCCAACCAGUCUGCUCUGCAUCGAUGGGAGUCAAAGCAGAAUCUCGGGCUUAUGCCCAAGAAGUAUCAUUCUGAGACAGAGAGGAAGAAAUGACCUUCAAAGGAGCUUCAUCAUGUGUAGCUACAUUUCCACAGUUGGGAGAGCCAGAAACCAGAGUUGGCCUGUUUCUAUGUCAUAAGAGCAUGAAGUCUUUGCUGUGGGCUGAAGAUUCCGGACCUUAGUUUAUUCUUUAUGAACUCUUUUGUAUCACUGCAGAACUAUCUCAUCAUCUUGUCCU